AUGGAUGACCAGGACGAGGCCUCGUUGCCUACCUAUCGUCCUGUAAAACCUCUACCAUUCGAAUUGCGACAGCAUUGCGGCAUCUAUUUCGAAGAGAAGCUCUAUACUCAAGCUCUUGGUCUCCUGCUUAGUAUAUUAACUUCCGGUACAGUCGCCUCAGGGACUGCCUUUGUGCCAUCGCCUCAGCACCUCGCCCUGGCGGCUACAUUCGUCGUGCACCCAUCCACCACGACGCGAGCCAAAACCACCGAGGAACGAGAGGCUGCCAACGCUGCUUUGCGAUUGCUACGACUUACAAACACAUUGGUAGGACCUAUAUCAGCCAAGUUGGACACGGCAUUCUCAUUCAGGCGAUUUGACUCGUCUCGUCAUGGAGGAAGGCGGCGCGCAGAUGAUACCGCCGUGUCGAGAGAGUUGCGCGACGAGGAGACGGAACCGCUGAACUUGGAAAUGGGACAGACUGGCUCACUAUGGUUUCGGGCGGAGGAUUUCUGGCAUGCAGUGGGCUGGGCGUUCAAUUGUUCGGUCCUCCACCCCAAGCGCUGGGAAAGAUGGCAACUAUGGCUGCAGUUCAUGUGCGAAGUGUUGGAAGACGAUUGGAACGAGCGGAUCAAACAGCUUGAGAUAAAUGCUAGCAGUGAACCCAUAACGCCCAGCAAGCGACGGGAGCGGUUACUCAAGCAGAGCCUGAUAUACAAGUACCUGGCCUCUGGCAGUGCAGGUCACGGCCAGAACCGUCGGAUCCUACGAGCUAUCUUUGCGGACGGGAGUGGGAGUGCGAAGAAUGAGUUUCGUGAGGUGUUCAAGAACGAACUGAAGGAACUGAAGCGAGAUGAUGAAACGCUUAAGAAACGACAAGCGGAUGUCAAUAUCGAUCAGGACGAAUAUGGUGAUUAUCUCUCCAAGGAUGAAGACGAGUCUGACGGGACCGAUAACACAUCGAGGACGCGACCCAAGCGGCCAAGGAGGAUGAAGAAUAAGGGGUCGCCAGAGGAUAUUCCAGACGUGGCUGUCGUUAUAACUAACCCACUAUCCGAUACGAUAUACGCAAAGGGCGGCGUGGCUUCAUUUGGCGGAUUCCAAUCCCUCGCCCUUCGUCAACGCCUACUCCAUAUCCUAUCCAUGGUCUCUGAGCAUUUGCCAAAAGCAUUCAUGCCCCUUGAGGAGUUAUAUCACCUCUUUGUCGAGAACAUUCGCCAUCUUCCCCUCCCUGCCUUCCAAGCAUUCGUCUCACCAAACGUCCUCCCUCACUUCUCCCCCGCCGAGCACAGCACUGUCUGCGAAUUCCUCCUCUUCCGCAUGCGCGAGAGCGACGCACCAGAGACAGACGAACCUUACCUAAAUCAGAAGAAAUUGGAAGAAUGCUACCUCCCCUGGGCAGCCAACACAACAACGGCAGUCGAUAACGCCAAGAUGUCCAUUCUUCUAGAAUCUCUCCUCAGUCUUCUGGCCCAGGAUGGUCUACUCACUAUCACUGAAGAACUGAAGCAAGCGGUCGUCCAGGGUAUUCAGGCGCGCACUGACAAGGCACAAGAUGAAGUUCGACGGAACCAGAAUAGACGGAAAGUGGAAGAUAUCGAAUGGUGCUGGUUAAUCGAGAGCGGGGAGCGAUUGAUAUCCCUAGUCGAGGACAUUCUGCCUUUGGCAGAGCAAGGAUGA